GCGGAGUGGAGUGUACCAAAGCUGAGAUGCAGUUGUGUCUGCCCGCUGUCUAGUUGUGAAUGGGACUUGUCUCCUUGCUCUGUUCUGGGGGUGACAGCACUGAGCCAGCCCUGGAGGACCCCAAGCCAGAACUACGGUUUUUGGAGAAGCGGUCCCAGGAGAGUGAUUUUUGCGGUGACUCAUUAAGUGAAAAAUCAAAUGGGUGGUGUGUGUUACAGAAAUUGGCAACAAGUGUCCAAUGGGUGAAGAAGAGGCAAAAUCGGGAAGGUGCACAACAUUGAGGUGAUGCUCUUCCUGAAUGGUGGUAUUCUGUCUGGAGACGGUUCCAUUUGAAUGUGCUGAGUGGCCUGCCAGGUUGAAGACUGUCAGAUCUCUGGGUACAAAGGCUGGAUUUGCAGAUACUCCUGUGCCUCUCACUUAACCAAAAAUGAAGGCAAACUACUGUUUACAUGCUAUCCUGGUCUGCCUGGGAAUGCUGGCUAACAGCCAGGCAUUGUCAAAUGAGAAAUUGAAUCAUUUAAGGCCUCUGCACUCUCACCAUGAAAAAGGAAAAGAAGGUCAGGUUCUUCAACGUUCCAAAAGAGGCUGGGUCUGGAAUCAGUUUUUUGUAAUUGAGGAGUACACUGGACCAGAUCCUGUAUUAGUUGGCAGGCUCCACUCUGAUAUUGAUUCUGGUGAUGGGAACAUUAAAUACAUUCUCUCAGGUGAAGGAGCAGGAACCAUUUUUGUUAUUGAUGACAAAUCAGGGAACAUUCAUGCAACCAAGACACUGGACCGAGAAGAGAGAGCCCAGUAUACACUGAUGGCCCAAGCUGUGGACAGAGACACCAAUCGGCCAUUAGAGCCACCUUCAGAAUUCAUUGUCAAAGUGCAAGACAUCAAUGACAACCCCCCUGAAUUCUUACAUGAAAAUUAUCAUGCCAAUGUGCCAGAGCGGUCCAAUGUGGGUACAUCUGUGAUCCAAGUAACAGCUUCAGAUGCUGAUGACCCUACCUAUGGAAACAGUGCUAAACUGGUUUAUAGCAUUCUGGAAGGGCAGCCCUAUUUUUCUGUUGAAGCACAAACAGGUAUAAUCAGAACAGCGCUUCCCAACAUGGACAGAGAAGCCAAGGAAGAAUAUCAUGUUGUAAUCCAAGCCAAGGACAUGGGCGGACACAUGGGUGGACUCUCAGGGACAACCAAAGUGACAAUUACACUUACUGAUGUCAAUGACAACCCACCAAAGUUUCCACAGAGUGUAUACCAGAUGUCUGUGUCAGAAGCAGCUGUGCCAGGAGAAGAAGUAGGAAGACUGAAGGCCAAAGACCCAGAUAUUGGAGAAAAUGGCUUAGUAACCUAUAAUAUCAUUGAUGGGGAUGGUAUGGAGCUGUUUGAAAUUUCAACAGAUUAUGAAACCCAGGAAGGUGUGGUGAAACUCAAGAAGCCCGUAGAUUUUGAAACCAAAAAAGCUUACAGUCUAAAGGUGGAGGCUGCAAAUGUUCACAUUGAUCCUAAGUUCAUCAGCAAUGGACCAUUUAAGGACACAGUGACAGUGAAGAUUGCAGUGGAAGAUGCUGAUGAGCCGCCAAUGUUUUUAGCACCCAGUUAUAUUCAUGAAGUCCAAGAAAAUGCAGCUGCUGGUACUAUUGUUGGUAGAGUCCAUGCCAAAGACCCUGAUGCUGCCGGUAGCCCCAUCAGAUAUUCAAUUGAUCGGCACACUGACCUCGACAGAUAUUUCAGUAUUGGUCAAGAAGAUGGUUUUAUUAAAACCACAAAACCUCUGGAUAGGGAGGAAACAGCCUGGCUCAACAUUUCUGUUUUUGCAACUGAAUUCCACAAUCGACACCAGGAAGCUAAAGUCCCGGUUGCCAUCAGAGUUAUUGAUGUCAAUGAUAAUGCUCCCAAAUUUGCAGCCCCAUAUGAAGGCUUUAUUUGUGAGAGUGACCAAACAAAACCUGUUUCUAAUCAGCCAAUAGUUUCCAUUAGUGCUGAAGACAAGGAUGAUACAGCCAAUGGACCAAGAUUUCUUUUCAGCUUACCUCCUGAAAUUGUCCAUAACCCAAAUUUUACAGUCCGAGACAACAGAGACAACACUGCCGGUGUUUAUGUCAAACGUGGGGGUUUCAGCCGGCAGAAGCAAGACCUAUACCUGCUACCAAUCGUGAUCAGUGACGGGGGCAUACCUCCCAUGAGCAGCACCAACACCCUGACAAUCAAGGUCUGCGGAUGUGAUGUGAAUGGGGCAUUGCUGUCCUGCAACGCUGAGGCCUAUGUCCUCAAUGCCGGACUCAGCACAGGAGCUUUAGUUGCCAUCUUGGCCUGCAUUGUGAUUUUGCUGGUUAUUGUCGUGUUAUUUGUGACCCUGAGAAGGCAAAAGAAAGAACCACUAAUUGUCUUUGAGGAAGAAGAUGUGCGAGAGAACAUCAUUACUUAUGAUGAUGAAGGUGGUGGAGAAGAAGAUACCGAGGCUUUUGAUAUCGCAACCCUCCAAAACCCUGAUGGGAUUAAUGGAUUUAUCCCACGUAAAGAUAUCAAGCCGGAGUACCAGUAUAUGCCCAGACCCGGCCUUCGACCAGCUCCCAAUAGUGUCGAUGUCGACGAUUUCAUCAACACGAGGAUACAGGAGGCUGACAAUGACCCAACGGCUCCCCCUUAUGACUCUAUCCAGAUCUACGGCUAUGAAGGGCGGGGCUCGGUGGCUGGCUCUCUCAGCUCCUUAGAGUCAGCGACAACAGAUUCUGAUUUGGACUACGAUUAUCUACAAAACUGGGGACCUCGUUUUAAGAAACUAGCAGACUUGUAUGGUUCCAAAGACACUUUUGAUGAUGAUUCUUAACAAUAAAGAUACAAAUUUGGCCUUAAGAACUGUGUCCAAUAUUCUGAAGACCCCGGAAGAAAUGUAAACAGGUAUUUUUUUAAAAUCAAGGAAAGGCUCAUUUAGAAUGGCAGCAUUUUACAGAGAGGAUCACUUUAAUAAAAACGAGGACCUCCCAGUGGUAAAUACUGUGAAGUACCUUUUCUCCCAAAAGGCAAAUAUGGAAGUUGGUUAUCGACUUCACUCAAGAGAAACCACUUGCCGUGCAAAAUAUUUAAGGGAAGAAAAAUGUUAACAGUGGACUUAACAAUGAAGGGAUUUUUUUUUUCUGUGUUAUGGACAUCUAAAUCUUUUAAGUCAAAGAAGCUUCCACAAAAUUAAAAAGGACAACAGUUCUGAGCUGUAAUUUCGCCUUAAAACUAUGGACACUCUGUACGUAGUGCAUUCUUAAACUUGAAAUAUAUAAUAUUCAGCCAGCUUAAACCCAUAUGAUGUAUGUACAAUACAAUGUACAAUUAUUGUCUCUUGAGCAUCAAACUUGUUACUGCUAAUUCUUGUAAAUCUUUUUGCUUAUACUUUCAUCUUAAACUAAUACGUGCCAGAUAUAACUCUGUCUUGUUGCAGUGGGAGGCGCCCUAUUUCUAUGUCAUUUUUAAUGUAUCUAUUUGUACAAUUUUAAAGCUCUUAUUUUAGUAUACAUACAGAUUUCAGUAUUCUGACAUGUAAGAAAUGUUACAGCAUCACACUUAUAUUUUAUGAACAUUGUACUGUUGCUUUAAUAUGUGCUUCAAUAUAAGAAGCAACCUUUGAAAUAAAAAAAAUGAUUCUUUUUUUAA